UCUUUUGGUACCCAAAAUCCCUCGCCAUCCUCUUCCUUUUCUUCUCAACUGCUUCCUCCUGAGGGCUUUCGAAUCGCAUCUACACAUUUCUUAUCCCUUCCUCACUCUUCGUCCUCUCUCUGCAAAUGGAAGGAUCUGGGGUCGUUACUGUGUAUGGUAAUGGAGCACUCACGGAGACCAAGAAGUCUCCUUUUUCCGUCAAGGUUGGUCUCGCCCAGAUGCUCCGUGGUGGCGUUAUCAUGGACGUCGUUAACGCCGAGCAAGCUCGCGUCGCCGAAGAAGCCGGCGCUUGCGCCGUCAUGGCCCUCGAACGCGUCCCCGCCGAUAUACGUGCUCAAGGCGGUGUCGCCCGCAUGAGCGACCCGCAGCUUAUCAAAGAGAUUAAGCAAGCGGUUACGAUUCCUGUGAUGGCGAAGGCACGUAUUGGGCAUUUCGUGGAAGCUCAAAUUCUUGAAGCUAUUGGUAUCGAUUAUGUGGAUGAAAGUGAGGUGCUCACUCUCGCUGAUGACGAGAAUCACAUCAACAAGCACAAUUUCCGCAUACCGUUUGUGUGUGGGUGCCGCAAUCUCGGCGAAGCGCUUCGCCGGAUUCGUGAAGGGGCUGCAAUGAUUCGAACCAAAGGGGAAGCAGGGACUGGGAAUAUCAUUGAGGCAGUAAGGCAUGUGAGGUCGGUGAUGGGAGACAUUAGGCUUUUGAGAAACAUGGAUGAUGAUGAAGUGUUCACUUUUUCCAAGAAGAUUGCUGCUCCUUAUGACUUGGUGAUGCAGACUAAGCAACUGGGUAGGCUUCCGGUGGUGCAUUUCGCCGCCGGUGGGGUUGCAACUCCGGCGGAUGCAGCGCUGAUGAUGCAAUUGGGCUGUGAUGGGGUUUUUGUGGGGUCUGGCGUGUUCAAGAGUGGUGACCCAGCCAAAAGGGCGAGAGCGAUUGUGCAGGCUGUGACACAUUACAGUGACCCAGAGGUUUUGGCUGAAGUAAGCUGUGGAUUGGGUGAGGCCAUGGUUGGUCUCAAUUUGGACGAUAAGGUCGAAAGGUUUGCCAAAAGGUCGGAAUGAGACUGAUCCAUUGAUGGGGGACCUCGUGGCAUUCGAAGACAGCGAGCUGUGCAUGCUGGUCUCUGGCAACUGAUGAAUAUGUAGUCUUGUAAGGGUUGGUUCUAUUUAUUUUAAUAAGGCUGUGCUCUGCUUCAGAUCCAAACUACGUUAGCCAAAAAAAGAUAGCAAUUUGUGUUAGUUUCUUCAGUAGUAUACUGAUAGGUGUUUUAAACACUCUGUGGAAGUGUUUGAUCAAGUCUUUCAUGUCAGUUCUUUCGUCAAUUAUAGAACUUCUGUUUGAAUA